GAGAACAGAUGACAAAAGUCGUGAUUGGUGGAUCCCAAUUAGGUAGAAUAAGGACAGUGUGUUGAUUCGUUCAUGAUCACAGGUCAGAGAGCAUCAACGGGUGACACUGGGAGCAAGUCGAAGGACAUCAGCGAUCAUUACACGGACUUAUUGUGCCACGAAAGCAGCAAAAUGAUACCGUGGCUAAAAGGCUUUCUGUUGGUUGCGUGUGUCUUUGCCAAAGCACAGGCUACUUGUGAGCCGAAGUUUUCAGCGGGGAUGCCGAACAAACCAAGUGCAGCUAUUUCAUCGGCGUGUUUGGAGGCUACAGGGACUGGCUCUGUGAGUGAUGCCGAUAAGAAGGUGAUAGUGGAGGAACACAACAGAUACAGGAAGAACGCCUCACCCAAGCCUGGUAAUAUGCAGUAUAUGGUUUGGGAUGAUGAACUAGCUAGCGUCGCCCAAGGCUGGACAUCGACCUGUCCCAGUGGUCAUGAUACGGGUCCAGAGAGGUACAUACCCGGUCGCGGGUGGAGUGGCCAGAAUAUGUUUUCCGGAACUUCCGGGGAUUAUACCUGGUCUGAUGCCAUUAAAUAUUGGCACAGUGAAGUGAAAGACUUUGUCUAUGGUGAUGAGUCUUCCAUCGGCGGCCGUGACACCGGACACUACACACAGAUUGUCUGGGCGUCCUCGGCGAAGAUUGGGUGCGGAUUUGCCAAGUGUUCAGGAACAGACAACUUCAUCUGUAACUAUAUGCAUGCUCAGGGAGGGUGAGUAGGAACAUUGUUAAGAUGACUGACGGGAAGAAAUAGUAAAUACCAUAACCGCUCACGGACAUCAAGUAGCAUAGAAAUUUGCGCAAAAUUUAAAUCAUUUAUUUUAACUUCACAUAUCAUCUCAAAAUUUACCACCAUGCGUUUAUGCAGGAUAAGAGGCUUGCUUAUUGAGGCGUUUUUUCAAAUUUUGUUUCCCUGAAGCCCUAACCUGAACAAGCCUUAUGUCAAGUGGGACGACCUGCCUGCUGAUAACUGUGUCAAGGCCGCUACAAGUACCACAACCAACCAUUGCGUCGACGGAGUCUGCGAUUGCGGUGGUAUGGUUUGCUACAACGGUGGUCGACUGGAUCUCUGUACAUGCACAUGCACCUGUGCAAGCAGCUACACAGAUGUCGGAGCCAACUGUGGCCUUACCUGCGCCAGUAUAACAUCUAACCAGGCUGGUUGUGGAACAGACCAAUUAACCGAGGCUAAUUGCCCGCGGUAUACGAAUCUUUAUUACGACUGCCCACACAUGUGUGGAACCUGCAGAGGCAACUAUGCUGAUAAAUCGAAUCUUCCCCCUGGUACAUCUGGUGGAAAGUGUGGUGGAGGGAUGAGCAACUGCGGUGGACAGACGACAUCGGGAGGGGGCUGGAUAGGUAAAAGUACCGAUACCGCCACCGGUUCCGGCGCAGGCUCUGCUGAGAUCGUCAAUCUCCAAACUUAUGUCGUUCUUGCAACCAUCGUUUUAAAGUUGAUAUAGCUGUGAAAAAUGUUCAUUUGUCCUGUCUUAUAACCCUGGCUUCGCAUGGAAGUUGAUAGGUAGCUAUGUUUGGCACUGGAUCAUCGGUUGUCGCGAAAAACACUGUUGUCUUUCGAUGGAUUUUCUGACGGAUCGCCAGCCUUCGUUAUGUUAGGAACUUUCAACGAUAGCUUGGCAGCCAUAACCAAUUGAUUUUCGGAGAAUCCAGUCUUAGACGAUUGUGACGUUAAGGUGAAGGUUUGGACUACAGAUGGCGUGCGGGGCGUAUUGACACAAUAACAUCGGAAGGAGUAGACGUACAUAAUGUGGCUUGGCCUGAGAAAUAAUAGUACAUAAUGUCAACAAAUAUAUUUGGAGAGCCUGUUUUCCUACACAAUA